AUCACCGGUGACGAUGCUGCCUGUGACGACCGGCAUAUCGCCGCCCAGGCGGGCCCGAGUGGGUUCCACCUCAAACCUGACGCGCCGCCUGGGGCGACAGGCGGGAACGCCAGCGGCGAUCGUCCUGGCCGCCCUCAUCUUGAUCGGAGGCAUCAGCUUCCUUCUGCACAACCGCAUCUCCGACGAGGAGGAAGGCCACGGGCUGCACGUGGUGUCCAGUAAGCGGCGCAGCCUGGCGGACGACAGCGGUGGGUCGGGUAGCGGCGUAGCGGAGCGCAUACAGCUGCUUGCAGAGGGAGCCGAGCUGGAGAAUGACAGGAUGGCGCAACUAGAAGAUGAGCAGCAGCAGGAGGAUUCAGAUUCGGAGCUGUCUGGCACGCUCUUUGGUGCCAAGGAGGGUGUGAAGCUGGCCAAUGGGCAGCAAGUGGCGGCGAUGGCAGCCAAGACAGGCGCCCGCAACGCCGCCAACUCCCGCACCCGCAGUACGCAAUUCCAGAAAGCAUCCCCGUCCCGCUUUGCCAAAAAGCUGGAGGAGACACGGCAUCGGGUGGGGCUGCAGGCGGCCAGUCGCCAGCGCUACAGCGCGAUUGUUUCCAGCUUCCCGUCGCAGCCGGAACCCGCUGUGGAGGAGCUUAGCGAGGCUGAGGUGGCCAGGCGGCGGGAGGCCAUCAAGGCGGCCAUGCUGCACUCCUGGCGUGGCUAUGAGAAGUAUGCGUGGGGGCAGGACGAGCUGUGCCCCGUCAGCCAGCAGGGCAAGAACAGCUUUGGCGGGCUGGGGGCCACCAUGAUUGAUGCCCUAGACACGCUGCACAUGAUGGGUUUUCACGAGGAGUAUGGCCGGGCGGCUGAGUGGGUGCGCAGCGAGAUGCCUCUCAAUGCAUCCUUUGAUGCCUCCGUGUUUGAGACGAUCAUCCGGGUGGUGGGCGGCAUGCUGGCAGCACAUGACAUGACCGGCGACAAAGUCAUGCUGGAGAGGGCGCAGCAAGUGGCGGACCGCAUUUUACCUGCCUACAACACCACCACGAAGAUCCCCCUGAACAUCAUCAACCUGGCCACCCAGCAGGCCAAGAACCCUACCUGGAACCAGCGGGCAUCCACGCUGGCAGAGUUUGGGACGCACCAGGUUGAGUUUUGGCGGCUGUCACAGAGCACUGGCAACGACACAUACGCUGAGCUGGCGGAGGGCACGAUCCGGCACCUGCACAAGGGCUGGCCGCAGCAGGGCGUGAUGCCGCUGUUCAUCUCCCCCACCACCGGCAACUUCACGGCACGGCGCGUGUCUUUUGGCGCGCUGGGUGACUCAUAUUACGAGUACCUGCUGAAGAUGUGGCUCAUUAAGGGGCGGCAGGAUGAAAUGUACCGCAGCAUGUGGGAGCGGGCGAUGGAUGAGAUGAUCAACAAGCUGGUGUUCACCUCGCGGGAGGGCCUCACAUAUGUGGCCGAGUUUGACCGGUCCAUCAUCAAGCACAAGUUUGACCACCUGGUGUGCUUCGUGCCGGGCAUGCUGGCGCUGGGGGCGCACAGCGGUGCGGUGCAGGGGGCCAAGGCAGAGCGCUACAUGCAGCUGGCUGCCGACCUCACCCACACCUGCUGGCAGAUGUAUCACCGCAUGCCCUCAGGUCUUUCGCCAGAGUAUGUGACUUUUUCGGCUCAAGGCAUGAAGGUGGGCGCGGCCUACAACCUGCUGCGGCCCGAGGCGCUGGAGGCCAUGUGGUACAUGUGGCGGCUGACACACGACUGGAAGUACCGGGCCUGGGGCUGGCAGGUGUUCCAGGCCUUUGAAGCACACUGCAAGGUUGAGGCGGGCUAUUCUGGCAUCAAGGAUGUGCGGGCCGCCACGCCUGUGCCUGAUGACACGCAGCAGAGCUUCUUCCUGGCAGAGACACUCAAGUAUCUCUUCCUGCUGUUCAGUGAUGAUAGUGCGUUCGACAUGGAUGAAUGGGUGCUGAACACGGAGGCGCACCCGCUGCGCACCACGCAGCCCAAGCAGGAAGAGCAGCAGCAUGAGCGGCAGCAGCAAGAGCGGAAGCGCUGGUGGUGGCCGCCGUCCCGCAGUAAAAGCGGCGGUGGCCUCAUCAGCGGUAGCGAUGGUAGCGGCAGCAUAGCUCGAUGAGCUUCCUGUUGCCCCGCUGCAUCUUGGCUGGGUCUAUUUUGCUGGUGCCUGGCUUGGCCUGGACAUGUGAUGACACGCACCUGG